CUCUGCCCAUACAAAUAUUUUGCUGGUCUGGUAGUGCAUAACAGAAAUAUACCUCUCUCUAUUUUCUCUCUCUGUGAAACCCAGAGAUAUUGAAACCCCCAAAGUCCUGCAAAACUCGCCAGAAGAGAACUUGCGGAUGCAACUGGUACAAUGGGAGGCUGAAGGUUGCAACAUGAAUCAGUGAUUUGACGCUGUUCUCUCCUUAAACAUUGUCUUUUGGAUUCUGAUAUCUGAAAGUGCGAGAAAAUGUCAAUCUGAUGGCUUCAGGUUGUAUACAUGGUACAGUUGACAAUGCUGAUACAGAGUUCUCAUCCUAGUGCAGAAGAACUUACUCUUUUUUACAGAUCUGACUUCAUGAACAAAGAACUUUUAUGUGACUGCACACGAGGUACCAAGAGUUGUCUGAAUUGUUCAACAUGCAGCCAAUAUCAUUUGGGUGGCUGUAAAGAACAUUUUUCUGAGGGUCGAAAAACUGAUGAUGAUUUAUGUUCCUUCUAUUGUACAAGAAAUUGUUCCCAUCUAUCAACUGCCAGUACAAUGUCUCAAAAUUGUACACAUACUCUUGUAUACCAACGUAAGAAGCAUAGGAGGAACUCCAUUGCUAUUUGCACAACCCAGGCAUCCGGUGACACUAAGCCUAAUGGAUGUUAUAAUUCUGCCGUCAAUUUUGAGUCUGCUUCAUUGCAGGCGCAAGAGCACAUGGUUUCUGUAUCUGAGCUUGCACCAGAAGCUGCUAGACUGCCAAUUUUACUGCCAGUUGAAUGCAGUACAGGGGCUGCGAAAUCCUUUAGUAGACAUCCUGUUAGAAAUGAAACUAGUUCUGAAGAAGCCUCUAGAAAUAAUGCGCAAAGAGGUUUGGAUAUCUGGAGUGUUAAUGAUAAUUAUUCAUUAUCAAAAUCAAAUUUGGACUUUGGUUCGGCUCACUUGAAAACUGAUGUGGGCGAUCAAGGUGAGUGCUCCUCCUCUGGCACAUCGAUUGCCAGGAAGUUUUCAGAUGAUAUGUCAGAAAGAGAUAUAUGCAUUUCAAUUCUCAGAAGCCAGGGGAGGCUUGAAAAAGGUUGGACCAGACGGAAUUAUGCAGCUGAUAAAGAUACUGGUAUUACAACUGACAACUUCUGUUCAAAGAAGUGCAAAGUUUGCGAGCAGGUGGAAACUACACUAAAUAUGUUGAUAUGUGAUAGUUGCGAAGAUUCAUUUCAUAUGUCUUGCUGCAGUCCUAGAAUAAAGAGAAUACCAGUUGGUGAAUGGCUUUGCAACACUUGCCUGAAAAAGAAGCAUAAAUUACUGAAGGAUAAAUCUACCAGUAAUUUAGUGAAUAUCAAUACUGAUAUUGGCCAAAAUGGAAAUUCAGCAUCAGUAGAUGCAUUAGGUCUCAUAGAAUACAUGCUCAGAGACAUUGAGCCAUAUAUGUCCAACAUUCGAAUUGGAAAUGAGUUUCAAGCGUAUGUUCCUGACUGGUCUGGUCCAGUUGACAAUGAAUCUGAACUUAUUGGCGAACCAUUAGAACUUGAUCCAUCGAAGAAUGCUAGCAUGCAGUUGCAGCAAAAUCAUGAAUAUUGGUUACCACAGAUUUUGAAACAGUUGAGGAUGAUGUUACCAGACUAUAGCAGAGAGAAGGAACAUAGUGCAACAGAUUUGAAAUUCAUAAAUAUCUCUGAGCUUUAUAGGUGCAGUAAUGAAUGCUUGAAUUCAAAGAAAUCUACCGUGAAUGAGGAGUUUGUAUAG